GAGACGCACGCUCGUCGACGCUCGCUUGCUUAGAAUACAUCCAGUAUAAACUUACACCGUAACGGAUUCAUGUGAAUUCGAAAUUCGAACAUAAUUCUGUGCCUGUGCGACUUUUUGUGUUCACAGAAGCGGAUAUUUUACUUACGAUUCACAUAAAACAAUGCAAAGCAGAAAACGGCAGAGGAAGAGAAGAGUGAAGCGAAAACCUGGACCGUAUUUAGGGAAUACGUGAUGCUUCGGUUGACUAUGGCCCUGCCUAUGUGUGGCCCUGGGGUGAGGGGGCCUCGAGGGCCCCGAGAGUUGUUGGUGAUAGUGUUACUCCUGUGUUGGACGAUAGUUUGUGACAGUCAGUGUCCGAAGUUCGCUGAGAAACCUCUCGAAACUAGAGUGCAAGACGCUUCCAUAGUUUUUAGGGCAGUUGUAGUACAAACACACUAUCAGAGCAAGACAUUAGACUUAGCACUAGUGUCGAUUAUACAGGGAGGCGUAGAAUUAUCGUCAGUCAGUCAGUACGCUGGAUCACCGUACAACACAACUGACAGACAGGUGAACCUAAAAAUAAGUCCACAAUUAGGCGACUGUUUCAAUUGGAGCAUGGCGCCGUCACAAUCAGAGUUCGUAGUCUUCGCGCGAGUCUCCGACCCGGCUGUGGACUUAGAGACGACUCCUCCUGACGGACCGUGGUUAGAGGCUACGGCAUCUGCGGUACCGUGGAGUCUCGGAGUGGAUAUCGCCAUUUGGAAUGCUGUUGGUUGGGCCGGGUGGGGUGAGUGGGGUCCUUGCAGUAGAACCUGCGGCGGAGGUUUACAGGUCAGGAGGAGGUACUGCUCGCGAGCCACCUGCGAGGGCUAUGGAGAGCAAGGACGCUCCUGCAACUCUUUUGAUUGUGAAGGAACAAUAAAUCCUCUUGCUCCGGGAGCCAGAAGAAACUUCCACCCAGCACAGGCAAGAUGGGGUCCUGUGGCAGACAGACCACAUGCCUUCAGCCUUAAACCCAACUCCUACAUCUGGAUAGCAUCAUCAGAACUCUUCCCUGCUGGCAAGACAUUCCCAAGAGAGUUUACACUGUUCAUUUCUUUGAGGUUAAGGCCCGAGAGCGGCGGUUAUGGGCAAGGCACACUUUUCUCACUGCGCUCGCGACGACGAACAGGAUCGUUCCUCUCCCUGGAGUUGGCUGGAAGAGGAGCAGCCAGGCUGGUGCACGCUGGGGCAGGAACUUCAAGGUCUAUAUACCUUGCAGUGCCGCUAUAUGACUUCCGCUGGCACCAUAUUGCUAUCAGUGUUCACGACGACAACACAGUCCGCGCUUACGUCGACUGUCGCUGGCUUCGCACCGAUGUCCUUGAGAAAGAUGCCCUUGAUACUCCGAGAGACGCCGACUUGAUCAUUGGCUAUCUUUUCUCAGGUGAUCUGGAGCAACUGGUGUUAGUCCCGAAAGCUGGCCAGGCACGGAAACAGUGUUCAAGUCAAGUCAACGGAUUGUCUACUCCCUACUUUACACUGCGAGAUACGUAAUGUAUGCAAAUUAUAGAAAAACACUGGAAAAAUACCUACAUUCAUAUUGUGCAGAAUUUCUUCACAGGAAGUGUCAGUGUGUUAGUGACGCUACAUCGAAUAAUGAGUGCGAUGAAUCAGUUCAUGAUUCUAAAUUUAUUAUGAAGUCGAACUUUCAGUCGCAAAAGCAUGAAACUAAAAAGAAUAACAUUUUCAUGAGUAUAGCGACAAAACAGCUGAAUCAUCCCCCUUAGUAAUCGAGAUGUCAACGGUAUCACUAACAUACUGCUUAUUAAUAAAUAUGGAAACCAAGUAUUAAGAUCACCCAGAUGGUAUAAAACUAGCAAGAACAUAUUUUUUGACCUUUGGGUAUUCUGAUAUUUAUUUUUUCUAACAUCAGACAAUUCCCUAAUUAUUUAUUUUAUGAUAAUAAUAAUAAUUAUCCUAUUCUAUGUUUUAUCAUUUAUCUAUAAAUCUCCUGUAUUAGUUUUUUAAUAUAUAAUUUUAUAUUUCUACUCCUCCAAGAAGUCAAGAUAUUUUGCGCAAUGUCCGUAUGGUAUAAAGCUGAUUUCCUUUACAAUUGGAGCAACUGUAAAUUGGAAAAGAAUCUUUCAAAAAGAAAAUUUUAUCGAGAAAUGUAUGUAAAUUAAUGAAUAUGUAGGUAAUGUGAUUGCGUUGCAAAUUGUGCUUUCAUUUCUAGCACAGUCUACUUUGUCAAAUAAGAUUUCGGUUCAAUCCUUCGAAUGGAUUUCUCUAUGUACUUACCCGUUAUUGCUUUUCUUUUUUAUAAGUACUUCAAUCAUGUACUGGAAAUAUAUCUGAUACGCUUUAAAAAUGUAAGCGGAUUACAAUAAUGUCAGUUUUCAAUCGUAUUUCAUUAAAUCAUUCCUUAUUUAAAAUUACUUUAUGAAUUUAUAAACAUGGCAGACAGUGAAUGUAAUUCACUCGAAUUACAUUGUGGUAUGUAUAUUAUUAUUAUAAUUUAUAUGUUUAUUUGAGAUUAACUUUGGCGUUUUAGGUUUUAUAUUACACAUAUUAUAUAAUAAAGAGGUUGGAAAUUCCCUAAUGCGCAUAUUCUAUGAAAACGGAAGUCGCCGGGUAAACUCUACUCUGUUUUACUACUGCUCCUGCAAACAGAUAACUACGACAACUCUACUGCUUCUCAAAUAGCAUAGCCACUUUACCGGCAAUGUAUAUUUUAUGUGAUCAUCACCAUCAAUGUAAGAGCCACGCUCUUGUCGGUGCAGCAUUUUCCAUGCUACUUUUUAGGAAAAAAUAGGGCAGUGGUUUCCCUCUUGCCUUGCGCCCCGCAGUACUCUGUCUGACGCAAGUGGGAUGGCGCCCAGAGAAGUCUAUUGCAAAGCCAUACUAGGAGUCCUGUCCUCCGCCUCUGUAUUUUAUGUGAUACUGCCUACAAAAGUUUUUUUUUGAUAAAUAGCAGAUCAUAGUAAGGUUUUUAGCUUUCCUAUGGGAUCUCCUUGCAUGAUAAUCGAUAUUUGAUGAUGAAUUUUUGAUAUACUAUCGAGGAGCUCCGUCUGUCGUAAAGUUUGCGGACUUGUAGCUCAUACUUAGCCUUUCCAACCUCUUUCUUCUAUUCCGUGGUGAGAACACUCCAAUUCUCGGUUCAAACAUUAUUUCAAUUUAAAUUAUAAUAAUAUAUACCCAUGCUUACUCAUAGCAAUAAUUUAAUAUUCCUUCACUACAAGUGAGUAAGUACCUAAUAACGGUACUACCCAUUUAAGUUAUUUUAUGAUAAUAUAUAUUAUUAAUCUUUGUAAUCAUUAUAUUUUGUCUUUCCUGUAAAUAGUUAUCAACGUUCUUUUUGAUAUUAUAUUAUUAAGAUGUUUUUAAAAAAUGUGCGGACAUUUCGGUUAAGAAUAUUAAAUUAUAUGUAUAGAAAAAUGGUAAACACAUACAAUAACUAUAAGGAAAUAAUAUUAAAUAUAGACUUCAAUACUUGAAAUAGAGUUUCUUACAAUGUAGUUGGCCUAAAUGUACAUAAAUAAUAAUUUAAAAAUGUGUUUUGUUUAAUAAAUUC